UUGGUCUUUAGGUUCCUAUAUAAACAACGCCACACACACCCAUUUAGUCCCAACCAAAGACUCUUUACCAUCUCUUUCUCUCUCUGUUUGAAGACAUAGCACAAAAAAAAAAAAAAAGACAGAGCAAAAAAACACACAAAGAUGGGCAUAAUGAUGAUGAUUUUGGGUCUUCUUGUGAUCAUUGUUUGUUUAUGUACUGCUCUUCUCCGAUGGAACCAGAUGCGAUAUUCUAAGAAAGGUCUUCCUCCUGGAACCAUGGGCUGGCCAAUAUUUGGUGAAACGACUGAGUUUCUUAAACAAGGACCAGAUUUCAUGAAAAACCAAAGACUAAGAUAUGGGAGUUUCUUCAAGUCUCACAUUCUUGGUUGCCCAACAAUAGUCUCAAUGGACGCAGAGUUAAACAGAUACAUUCUAAUGAAUGAAUCGAAAGGACUUGUUGCCGGUUACCCGCAAUCUAUGCUUGAUAUUCUAGGGACAUGCAACAUAGCUGCGGUUCAUGGCCCGAGCCACCGGCUAAUGAGAGGCUCGUUGCUUUCUUUAAUAAGCCCAACCAUGAUGAAAGACCAUCUCUUGCCUAAGAUUGAUGAUUUCAUGAGAAACUAUCUUUGUGGUUGGGAUGAUCUUGAGACAGUUGAUAUCCAAGAAAAGACCAAACAUAUGGCAUUUUUAUCAUCGUUGUUACAAAUAGCUGAGACUUUGAAAAAACCAGAGGUUGAAGAAUAUAGAACAGAGUUUUUCAAGCUUGUUGUGGGAACUCUAUCGGUCCCGAUCGAUAUCCCGGGAACGAAUUACCGCAGUGGAGUCCAAGCAAGAAACAACAUCGAUAGGUUAUUGACAGAACUGAUGCAAGAAAGAAAAGAGUCUGGAGAAACUUUCACAGACAUGUUGGGUUACUUGAUGAAGAAGGAAGAUAACCGAUACUUGUUAACCGAUAAAGAGAUAAGAGAUCAAGUGGUAACGAUCUUGUAUUCCGGUUAUGAGACUGUCUCUACAACCUCCAUGAUGGCUCUUAAGUAUCUCCAUGAUCAUCCAAAAGCUCUUGAAGAACUCAGAAGAGAACAUUUGGCUAUAAGGGAGAGAAAACGACCUGACGAACCGCUCACUCUCGACGAUAUUAAAUCGAUGAAAUUCACUCGAGCUGUGAUCUUUGAGACAUCAAGAUUGGCAACGAUUGUUAAUGGUGUCCUUAGGAAAACUACUCACGACUUAGAACUCAACGGUUAUUUAAUCCCAAAAGGUUGGAGAAUUUACGUAUACACAAGAGAGAUUAACUAUGAUACAUCUCUUUAUGAAGAUCCAAUGAUCUUUAACCCAUGGAGAUGGAUGGAAAAGAGCUUAGAAUCAAAGAGCUAUUUCUUACUCUUUGGAGGUGGAGUUAGGCUUUGCCCUGGAAAGGAACUAGGAAUCUCGGAAGUCUCAAGCUUCCUUCACUACUUUGUUACAAAAUAUAGAUGGGAAGAGAAUGGAGAAGACAAAUUAAUGGUCUUUCCAAGAGUUUCUGCACCAAAAGGAUACCAUCUUAAGUGUUCACCUUACUGACUAGUUUUGUCCUAAUAUUGAAAAAUGUGUAAAUAAAUCUAUUAAGGGUCAUUUUGUAGGGCUAAUUAACCUAUUUUAUCUAUUAAAUCUCUCAAGAUCAUAGAGGAGAUGGAUAAUGUACAGAGAGAAAGAGAGAAGAAGAAAAUGGAAUAUAGAAAAAAAUAAAAUAUUUGAAAUGUUGAGCUUAGUCUCUUAUCUUGUAAAUUUGUAACCCAUAAAUUUUUACAUUUCAUAAUUACGUUCUGUGUUUUUUUUUAGUCUAACAUCAUCGUUCCAGUUACAAUAUUUGUUUUUCUUUUCUGAUGUUCAAAAACUGUCCAAGACUUUGUGAAUGAUCUGAAUAAAAAGCUUGUUUGUUCGUGAAACUAUAUGAG